GUCCUGAGGACUCAGCCGUGAGCAAAACAGACCAAAACUCCUGCCCUCGAUACGCCUGUAAUUAAUGAACAAAACGAGGAGCUGAAGGGGAAAGAGAGGAACAGGAAGGAAGAUUGCGAGUCUGGGGAGAAAGAAAGAUACACACAAGAAAAGAGAGCAGUAGUUAUAGAGAAAUAGCAAGGUAUAUGUGAGGUACGGAAUACAAAGAUUUCCUGAAAGGGUAGGGACUGGGAGCAUGAGAAAGAAAUCACUAACAGGGGGAGAUGGGGUUCACUGGGAACCCAAUUAAAACUAUUCACAAAUCACUCUUUGGCCCAGGGACAUCCUCAGCUGUACACGAAAUCCAACAGAAGCUCCAAGUCAUGGAUCAGGCAACUCAAAGGAUGGAUGACUCAACCGGGAACUCAGAGGUCAUGGCAAGGGUCCAAAAAGCGAGGACUGGAUGUGUCCAAAUGUCUGCAUCAGAGGAUGAGGCUGAAAAGUUGAGAGAAAAAUGUAGCCAGUCAAGUCCACAAAAAGGGCUGUCAAGAGGUAAGCACAAAGCACGAGGUCCUUACUGCCUCGGUGCUCAUCUGGGUCAUCUCGUGGCAGACCAGUGUGGCCUCCUCUCCAGCCACACGGCCACCCGGGUAUCAGUGGAGCACGGCAGCCCCACCCCUGUCCCCAAGCCACCCAGUCAAAGGACUCCUGUUCACGAAAGAAGGACGACCCAGAUGCCAUGCUGGUUCAAACAAGCAUCUUUUCUCUUAUCACUGGGAAGGAAUGGAGGUGGGGGUGGACAGAAGGCACCAGUCCACUUUCAGAUUAGGACUGUGUCCAGUCCAGGAUCAGAGCCAGGAGGAACAGACAAG